AUGCACCGCUCAGCCCACUGCAAAAUCCCUAUGGAACGCCAGCAGCCAUGGAGGGCCCAGGACCUGCGUGAGGACCAGCCAGUCUUGUUUGAUUACCAGCAGAUGGAGGAUGCACCACGACCAAAUGUGGAAAGGGAAACGAGUUUCUUUUUUGUGCAGAGAAAGCAAAACCUGGCAUUUCUCUUCCCCAACCAGGCAAACCACCGUGCAUGCAACUACACCCCACCCCACCCCCACCCCUUUCCUCCCUGCUGCCAGGCAAGAGCUUCUAGAAAACGGACUGUUCAGACUGGUCUGUCUUCACCCCAGCAAGGAGUUCCCCCACCCCAGCGCCUGCAGGCAGGCAGGAUGCAAGCUGGGCUUUGGCUGGCGACCAGCAUCCUGGCAUCAGUGCUGGGCACGGCCCUGCUGGAGGACGGCUUGUGUCAGGCACCAAACGGCAAGGAUGGCUUCCCUGGAAUCCCUGGCCUUGAUGGGAGGCCAGGGCAGAAGGGUGACAGGGGAGAGCCAGGGAAAUCAACACAGAGGACAGGCAUCCAGGGACCCAAGGGGGAUGCAGGCGAGCCAGGGACUCCUGGCAUGCCAGGGAGACAGGGCUACCCCGGCCUGCCUGGCCUCCCUGGGCUCCCAGGACAGCCGGGGCCGAAGGGGGACAAGGGGAAAGCUGGCAACAUCUUGGACCAGCCACGUCCUGCCUUCUCAGCUUCGCUGAGGUCCCCACGGUUCAACAGCGGGACAGUUGUGUUUGACAACAUCAUCACCAACCAGGAGGACUCCUACAAUCCCCAGACUGGGGAAUUCACCUGCCGCGUCCCUGGGCUCUACUACUUCGCCUACCAGGUGAUCUCCAGCGGGGACCUCUGCCUGAGCAUCACCAAGAACAAGGAGCGCGUGGUCAGCUUCUGUGAUUACAACAGCCGCACGAUCCUGCAGGUGAACUCGGGCAGCACUGUGCUCAGCCUGGCCAUGGGCGACCAGGUCUCCGUGGGCACCAACCCUGGCAGCAGCAACAUGAUCUACAGCGGCUCCGAGGCAGACAGCGUCUUCAAUGGCUUCAUGCUCUUCCCGCAGAUGGGCUGAUGGACUCCCAGUUUGGACCUGCUUAGCACCACCACAUUGCAGUGGGUGUCUCUGCACGUGUUUUCCCCCUCUGAGUGUGUGGGAUGGUUUAGUACCACAACAAACAGGGAUGGCCGCAAACCAAGCCACCAGACAAGUCCUGUGCUUCCACCAAUGUCACAAAGUGGCCAGGCCGUGGGUCAUCACUGCAUCAGUGAGACCCCUGCUAGCAGUUGCCUCCAUGCUGAGUCUGCCCACUCCAGCCUGGAGGCAGAGGGCUUCUGGUCCCAGCAGCUCUUUCUCCUCCUGGACAUUCAGACCCCACACUGGAGAGACCCAGUUGUCACGGGGUCAGAAAGAGCCCUUCAUCAGCUGUGGCUCUUUGCUCCUGAGUGGGAAAUCACUGCAUGCCACUGCUUCUGCUACACUAACCAUUGCAAAUGUCCUUCUGGUGCUAAGCCACUACUGCCUCUCACAUCCUUCCCAUCAGUACAAAUAAACCCUUCUUCCACAACA